GGUUAUAAGCGCAUAGGGGUAAUUUCCGACUUUCAGCUAAUACAUGGAUACAUAUAUAUCUAAGGCGCAGUGCCAUCGAUAGAAAAGGAUGGCUGCAUUUAUUUUACCUUGGUUAUCAUCAUCAUAGUCCUGAUCCAGCAAUAGUUGGCAUUCGUUCGUUUGGAACAGCCUAUUAGCCGUGCCGUGAGUAUCAGCCCUAGGUAUUUGCGCAAUUGGCAUAUCUUAUAGCAUCAAAAAAUGGCAAGGACCGUAUCUAAUAUACUUGUCUGGUUUCUGGCCGCCCAUGGCGCGCUUGCGGGUUUGACAGUUGACGUCGAAAAUACAGACUCUAUCAAGGCGGCAGCAGCUCUCGUAGCGGAGGAUCUCAUGGGAUUCUAUGAUGGCGAAAAACCAGGUAAUAUUCCUGGCGUUUUGCCUGGGGUUGCCGACGGAAAUAUUGGUUGGUGGACGGGAGGUGUUCUAUGGGACACUCUGCUGGACUACAAAGUUCGCUCCGGAGAGUCCAAGUACGACGAAACUAUCUCGCGUGGUAUCCAAUGGCAGGUUGGGUCGAAUGACGACUUCCUCCCUGCAAAUUGGUCCGCGACAAUGGCCAACUCGGAUCAAGGCGUAUGGGCUCUGUCCGCUGUCACGGCUAACGAAACCGGCUUGCAAUUAGAGAAAGACUCUCCACAGUGGUUUACGCUGGCUAAGAACGUCUUCGACAACUUAAGCAGCGAGGAUAGACGAGUCGAAGAAGGUGGCUGCGCUGGGGCCUUGAGGUGGCAGUUAUACGCGAUAAAUCAGGGCUAUAAUUAUAUUGACUCUUCUUCGAACAUUAUAUACCUAAAUCUGGCUGCCAAAUUGGCACAUUUGACUGGUGAACAAUCCUAUGCGGAUGCAGCCGCUUCUACAUACGACAUACUCACGCGUAUCGGAUUUAUCACCAAAAACUUCAAUGUCUACGAUGGGGCACAUGUGGAUGACUGCAAGGAUAUUAACAAGUUGCAAUUCUCAUUGAAUGCUGCGUAUCUCCUGGAGGGCUCCGCGUUCAUGUAUAAUCUUACCGGAAACGAUACCUGGAGAACACGCGUGGACGGCCUUGUCGAUCGAACUCUCGAGCUCUUCUUUCCGGAUGGCGUCGCGACCGAGAUCGCGUGCGAAGAAGAGAAAUCUUGUACCUCGGACAUGUACUUCUUCAAGGGAAUACUGCACAGGGCGCUCGCGUCGACCAUGCAAGUUGCGCCGCACACCGCUAGCAAGAUUCAGCCUAGUCUCAAGUCAAGCGCUAAGAAGGCCGCGGCCGAGUGCACGGGGGGUAGCAACGGUCGACUAUGUGGAUUCGUCUGGAGUACUGGCAAUUUCGAUGGCAAUACAGGGGCAGCUCAGCAGAUGAACAUGUUAAGUGCCUUGGUAAGCAUCCUGCCUGCGGGAGAGCAGACCUCAGGGGGCAACAGCAGCGUUGGCAGUGGCAGUGGCAGUGGUAGUGGUAGUGGUAAUAGUAGUGGAAGUGGAAACGAAGAUUCACAGGGGAACACUUCUAGCAAUGAUACUCACGGCAAUGCGGGAACGAAGGUUAGCGUAGGCCUCGCCCUCUUGGGAUCAGUAUUACUAGGAAGCCUCCUAUUGUAAUAUAUUAUGGUAUACCUUUUUAUUAUGUUUAUUUAGAUAACUAGCUGUAUAUAGAUAAUUAUAUAGAACCUAUGAAAUAUUCUAUCCGGGCGCCCCUAGGUACCUAAUCUAGCC